AUGGGAUUAGAGGAGCAAGGAAGGACUUGGUGCAUGGACACAGCUCAACCGGAUACGCAAAGGAAGAAGGAAGAAGUCAUCUUGAAGACCAGGUCGACCAUCCGGUCGAGUUCCGCAACUCGACCGGCCAAGCUUCAACUCGAUCGAGCUGAGAAGUCAACAGUCAAACCCGAAAAAUAAAAGGAGUUAUCCAAAAGAGUGAAGACUGGUCCAGACGGCUCUAUCGAGAAACCGCGCCAACCGUGCAGAGCGGCUGGCCGAGGAACGAAUGUUCCGCUCGGCCAAAUCAACCGUCCGUCCUCGCCAACCAUCGGCCGAGUCACGCACCGACCCGGGAAGCAAUGUCCCGCGGUCGGCCAAGCCACAACCACCACGAUGCCGCGCACGACCAUGCCGCGCGAGCCGGGAAGAAGCCUCGCGGCCGCGACCUAUCUCACGUACCACGGCCGAUGCGCCGUCCGAGCCGGGAAAGCCGUCCCACGGCCGAGAAACAUCGGCCAAAUCUUCAUCCGUCCGACCACAGCGGCCGACCACGAAUCCUCCGGCCACGACCGUUCCGAUCGUGCCGAUAGCGACCAUGACCCGAUCCGGCCGAUCGUCCCGACCGACCGUCCGAACGCCGCGGUCGACCCGAAGCCCGUUUCACGUAUUUUCACGGCCCGGCUUAACCCUAAGCCGCCUCUGAAGACCUAG